AUGGGAAGGCCUCCAUGUUGUGACAAAUCCAAUGUCAAGAAAGGUCUCUGGACUGCAGAAGAAGACGCUAAGAUCCUCGCUUACGUUGCAAUCCACGGUGUAGGAAACUGGAGUUUGAUCCCCAAAAAAGCAGGUCUGAAUCGAUGCGGAAAAAGCUGUAGACUGAGGUGGACUAAUUACUUAAGACCUGACCUUAAACAUGACAGCUUCUCUCCCCAAGAAGAAGAGCUUAUUAUUCAGUGUCACAGAAUCAUUGGCAGCAGGUGGUCUUCGAUUGCGCGACAGCUUCCAGGAAGAACGGAUAACGAUGUGAAGAACCAUUGGAACACGAAGCUGAAGAAGAGGCUGAUGAAAAUGGGGAUAGAUCCGGUGACUCAUAAACCGGUUUCUCAGGUCCUUUCAGAAUUCAGAAACAUUAGUGGCCAUGGAAAUUCAUCUGAAACUUUUGUGAGAAACUUCAAAACAGAACCAUCUAACAACUCUAUAGUCACACAAACCAACUCAGCCUGGGAAAUGAUCAGGAACACAACAAGCCAUCAUGAGAGUUAUUACAACUCUCCUAUGAUCUUUACGAAUCCGACUUCACCUGAAUUCCAAACUACUCCAUUCCAUUUCUCUAGCAAUUCAAAUAAUCUGCUCAAUGGAACCACUUCUUCAUGCUCAUCUACAUCAUCUUCCGCUAGUAUCACGCAGCCAAACCAAGGUGCUCAAGCACCUGUUCCUACAUUCUGCUGGAGCGAUUUCCUUCUCUCGGAUCCGGUUUUACCUCUGAAUUCUCAGACACAAGGAGUGGGAUCCUCAGCUACUAGCAACCUCACUUUUGCGCAGAACGAAAACUUCAACAGCCAAGCCGAGUCCAGCUCUCAGAAGACCGCUUACAAGGCCUCGGGAACAUCUCAUUCUGCGAGUUCCUUUGUGGAUGAAAUACUUGAUAAAGACCAAGAGAUGCUGUCACAGUUUCCUCAACUCUUGAAUGAUUUCGAUUACUAG